AUGAAUGAAAGCAGUGAAAAGCUCAACAGUUCUCUCAUUCUUCCUUUCAGCAAAGAUUAUGAAUUCUGUUCAAAUGGUGUUUAUUUCUAUUGUGGAAAGAUGGGGUCAGGUAAGACAUUUAAUUUAAUUCGUCAUAUACUCAUAACAGAGCGUUUAGGAAACGACUCUUACUAUGACCAAAUCAUUAUAUCAGCAACUUCAGACUCUAUGGACUCAACAGCGAAAACAUUUAUGUCAAAAGUUCAAGCCUCAGUCGUUAAAGUUCCAGACAGUGAACUCAUUGAAUUUCUUCAACGUUACAUUCGACGUAAGAGGAAAUAUUAUGCCAUCGUAGAGUUCAUACAGUCAGGAAUGCAAAAGACUUCUGAGGAGAUGGAAAGAAUUAUUGACAAACACCACUUACGUCAAUACUCAGGAGUUUACGAUAUGAAACGACUUACAAACUACAUUCUAUCAAAACUUUCAAAAUACCCCUUCAAAAAGUAUCCUUCAAACACUCUGCUCGUUUGUGACGACUUCGCCGGAAAA